ACUCGUCAUGUCCCGAAGAAGGAUAAAACAAUUUCACUUUUUAAUAUGGAGAAAAUAAAAGUUUUAAAACGUUUAUAUGUUGGAGGACUUGGCCAUACAGUUUCCGAAGCUGAACUGCAGGAAAGAUUCAGCAAGUUUGGAAAUGUUACUGAUGUGGAAAUUGUUAUUCGAAAAGAUGAACAAGGGAACCCUAUGAAAACAUUUGCUUAUAUCAGCAUCAGCAUUUCAGAAGUAGAUCUCAAAAGAUGUAUGUCCAUUUUAAAUAAAGCAAGGUGGAAAGGUGGAACACUACAAAUUGAAUUGGCCAAAGAAAGCUUUUUGCACAGAUUGGCACAGGAGAGACAAGAAGCAAGAUUGAAGAAGGAAAAGCCAUAUAUGGAUGGAAAGGCAAAUCUGUUGGAAUCACUGAACAAAGCUGGAGUUGUGAAUUUUCACAUGAAAGCGGUACCAGGAACAGAAGUACCAGAUCAUAAGGAUUGGGUUGUUAGUAAAUUUGGCAGAGUUUUACCUAUCCUUCACCUUAAGAGUCGAUACAAAAGCAAAAUAGUGAAAUAUGACCCAUCAAAAUAUUGCCAUAACCUUAGAAAACUGGAACAAGACUUGACUGACACAGUUCCCAUAUCCAAACUUACUUGGCAGUUGGAAGGUGGAUAUGACAGCAUGAGCAAGAAACGACGAGGAGAGUUCUCUGAAAUUAAAAAAACACCUAAAAAAAUUAAGCUGCAGAAUAGUGAGGGUUUAAAUAAAUCACCUCUGCACCCAACUUGCAACUCACAAACAAAAAAAGCAAACUUAACACAAACAAAAUUAGUACAAAUGUCAAACUCCAAAUCAAUUGCUCUGGAUAAAUUACUUCACACACCUAAUCCUAAUAGUCUUGAUAUGAAAGUAAAAGAAUUAUUUCUGGGUAAGAACCUGGCAUCUGGUGCUAAGUCCAACAGGAAUACUACCAGCAUUUCAGACAGUGAUAUUGAUUCUGAGGAAGAAAUUAGAGCAGUGAUAGAGAGAGAGAGAAAACUAAAAAAAGCUAAAACAAAUGUUGAGUCUGAAAAUGAUCAUUUGGAAGUUGUGGGGGAUAAUUUUGAGCUAAAAUAUAACACUCACUGGUGUUUAACCAGUCCAAGUAUCAUGAAGGAAGUGAGUAAGAGAUGUAACAUACAAGGAAAAACUAAUGAAAAUUACAGUGAUUAUGAUUCAGCAGAUACAGAUGAAAUUAUUGCAGUGACUAAAGCUCCAGAUGAAAACAGUGUGAAGACCAAAGCUCAAAGAGAGUAUGAGCUGGUGAAAAUGGAAGGAAAGGAUAACUUUAGGAAUGAUACACAUACAAAUAACAAAUGCGAUUCUGUAAAUGAUUCCUUUGUACUAUCACCUGAUGAGUUAAAAGAAAAUAAUAAUAAUAAAGCAGAGCAUAACAAAACAGCAGAAGACCAGGCUCCUGAACUACAGGACAACAUCGGUGACAGCACGUCUGGGUCUACUGGUUUUGAUUCAGACACAGAAGCAAGUGAAUCUGAUUCAGAUUAUGAAAACAUGAUGCAAAAUUGUUAUCACCUAAAUCUUACAUUACAUGAGUUAGAAGCAUUGGCCACUGAGAGUAUUAAAUCUUCAGAUGGAAAAAUAGAAGAUAAACAGAGGAAUAAUAAGUGCAGAACUGAAGCUAAUAUUAGUAACACCAAGUAUGGUCCAAAGUCCUAUGAAAUUGCUUCUACAACUAAAAAGUCUAUUAAUCCUGAAGAUAUAGUUGCUUCCAUUUUAGAGGGAGAGGAGAGUGACGAUGAUAAGCCAGUGAAAAAUACUUCAAGUUUAAAAUUUCAGCCUUUCAGGGGACUAGGGUUAUUAUGUGAAAAUGGGAAUUUUGAGUCAUUGACCAAGAAAGACUUGUGCAGCUGUAAAAGAAAAUGUAACCAAAAUUCCUUAAGCCCUGUUGAUUUGAAAAAUAAAUCUUUAGAAGAGGUUUCAAAACCAAACUGUUCUUGUUAUGGGAAACACUCAGCUCCCAGACAAUCUAGCAAUUCUGUAUGUUUACUUGAAAACAGAUGUGUGAAAAAGAAGCAAAGCACUCUCAGCAACCAGCUCCCAAAGGUUUCAGAUUCCCAAUACUCAGAAGGUGAAAGUGAAAAGUUUAUUUGCAAACCACCUUUAUUAGGAGAGAAUAACUACUUGAAUUUUCAUGCAGAAGAUCAAACAGCAAAUAGAAGAGAGAAUGAGGCCUGCACAACAGCUACUGAAAGUGAGGAGGAAAGCACUGACACAGAUAGCACUUUGUCUGUUGCACAGAAGCACAUUAAAUGUGAAUUGGCAAGCCCCACAUCUCUUCCUGAGAAACCAAAGAAGGGUGCAAACAGUAAAAGUUCAGAGACUGAACUUCAGAAAAAUGAGAUCAAUAAGAAAAGUCUUUGCAAAAGUAAAGACACACUUUGUGUUCCUAUUACUAUCCUAAGUGAGUCAAAUGAAAAGGAGAAACAAUUGCAGGAUAAUCAGAAGAGGCUGGCAGCUCUACAAGAGAGACUGAAAGAGAGAGAAUUACAGAAGAAACUUAUUCAAGGGGCUCUCUUGAACCUGGAUAGCCAGUCAGCAAAGAAACAUAAGCACAUUGUAUUUGAUUCAGAUGGGGAAAGUGAACCUGAAGUAGAAGAGAAGUCUAAAGAAGAAGCAACUAUAGGAAAUCUAGGAAAAGGAUUUACUAGUAAAAUAUCUGGGAAAUUAUUUGAGAGCAGUGAGGAUGAGCAGGAUGCUGCAGGAGAAGAUGACAGAUUUGAAAUCAAACCCCAGUUUGAAGGCAAAGCUGGUGAGAAGCUCAUGCGUUUACAGUCACGGUUUGGCACAGAUGAAAGAUUCCGGAUGGAUGUUCGGUUCCUUGAAAGUGACAGUGAAGAGGAAGAAGAGACAAAGGAAGUGAAGAUGGAUGAGGAAAAAGAAAUUGCUGCUGAGAAAAAGAAAAAUUUAGAGAUAUUGGGAAGUCUCUUGCAGAUUAACCUACAACAUCCUAAAUCAAGCAAACUAACAACAAAUAUAAAAAAAUUCAAAGAUAUUAAUACCUUGCGCUAUGACCCCACAAGGCAGGACCAUGCAGUUUUUGAAAGGAAAACAGAUACUACAGAAAAAGAAAGUAAAGCUAAAAGAAAGAAGAAAAGGGAAGAGGCAGAGAAAUUGCCUGAAGUAUCUAAAGAAAUAUACUAUGAUGUUGCUGUGGAUUUAAAAGAAGCAUUUGGGUCAGUAAAAUGUGCAGCUGAAAAAAGUGAAGUAGUACCCUGGGAUAAACAUGAUGAUGUAGAAGAAUCAACUCUGGCUGAUGAGCACACAUUAAAGCAUAAUAUUGGGGAUAAUGCAGAAGAAAACUCUAGUGGCUUCACAUUUUCCUUUUUUGGUGAUGAUAUGAACAAGUCAGCUGUGAAAGAAGAGCCCUAUGUAAUUGAAACAAUAAGACCUGCAAAAGUAUCGUGGCAAGAGGAUCCCCGUUUCCAGGACAGCAGCUCUGAGGAAGAUGAGCCAGAAGCUUCUGAAAGUGAAAACUUCAAAGACAUGUCUCAGUCUUUACCACAGAUAAAAACCAGUAGAUUUUUCUUCUUCUCCAGAGAUGAUGAAAGAUUAAAAGAUGGUCCUAAGCUAUUCUGCAGAUCAUCAAACCUCAAUGAAGAAAAAGAUCAUUGGGAAAACAGAUGUAGAUUGUUACUUGAGGUGAGUGAUUAAAGUUUCAAUUCAGUAACCAUUGAAA